CCGUCUUUAAAACUAAUAUUUAAUAUUAUUUUAUUGUCAUAUAUGUUUCGAUUCGUGGAGUAUUUGUGUUGGACUUUAUUCCCCCAAACGCUCGAAAGACGGAAACAUGUCGACACGCAGCUAACGAAGCAUUUGUAGCCUUGUUAUUGUUCGCCAUCACUACAAUGUUACCGAUCGAGGACUCGCAGAGCGGAACUCAGCAGAAAUUACGUCAUAUUUUACGAUCUCUGGAAAUGAUUUAUGUUAUUUAACCGGAGCUGUAAUGUGGAUGUCGGUGUAUCUGAGCAGAGACGGUCUCGCGCUUCGAACGGAGCACGUUUCAGUCAUUAAUCCUGGCGAGGGGCUGGAGGCCCGUCCCGUCGACGACACACUCUUCGCUUGUCCGUUGUGUCCAAAGCAAAAGGCCACAACAUGGAGGAGGAUCCAAGGGCACUUUGAGGGACACGUGAACACCGCGUUUCGCUUUGAAGAUAAAAUCAUUUGCAGAUGCAGCAUGCCCUGCAGAGAUGCAGCACAUUACCACUGCCCGUUGUGUUGGACCACCAUCAUCAGAAAGGAGCAGAUGCGAUUCCACAUCAAGUUCUGCAGACGGAAGACCACCCCGCUGACGUUUGUACCCGCCUACAACAUGCCGCCGCACAAACGGGAUCACGACUACUCUUGGCUGCCUCCCACUCCCAACGACUCCGACCGAUCACCGCAGCGGCCCAGCGCCCCGUCCAGUCCAGAGGUGGCGCCACCAGACGACCACGAUCCCCCGCAGCCGACCUCCACUUCCUGUGACUCCACUACCGGACCAGAGGAGCUGGUUCGGCCCAAAGCUUUCCCCACACAGACGCUGAAGAGGGCCAAGUGUCCACACUGUGGCCUUCUGCUCUACAAGAAGAACCUGGCAGCUCACGUUCAGAGGAAACACACGCAGAAGAAGGAGAAACCUGCUUUAAAAAGUGUGUGCAUCGACCGCGCCAACGGGAUAUUCGCCGUCCGUAAAGCGUUUUCUCACGGCUUCUCCACGCCUGUUCACGUCCAGCGUAAAACGGGCGAGCAGCAGCAAACCACAUGUGAACUUCGGGAGUGUCGAGAGCUCCUCAUGCUAGCUCAGCGGAGCGGGCUGACCCCGACCGAGUGUGAACACAUCCGGUCUCUGCAGUUCAGCUGCGACAGUGCUGCCGAGGAGCCGCUUCAGGCCGACGUCCUGGAUGAGAUGGUUUCUCUGAAUCUCUUCGGCGCUGCAGCGGCAAACGACUGCAAAGACCGCCAGAAGGCGGCCCAGGAAGCCGGCGUGCCGCUGUCGGUCCCGGUUAAUUUCGGAGGCUCUCCCAGACAGAUCUGCGUGUCGGUUCACGAACCAAAAACUCUUUACUACAGCGUCCUCGGCCGAGUCAUCGUCACAUACAAAACUCUGCGUAACACCUGGCAUUGCCCGUGUGCCAAGCCGCACAAGUCGUGUCCUCACAAGAACAUAGCCAGGUGGCAUCUCUUCCAGACGAGGAAACAUCUGUUCACGCCGCCGUCGCAGACGGAGGAAAACUCAGAGGCGCCACCUUCGCCGGAUCGGUCCUCCUCUGAAGACCUCGAAAAAUCUGUUCGAUACGUCUACGAGAAGAAGAAGAUCCCAGCAGACCUGCAGGGAGACGCCAACGCCGUAAAAGCUCCAACCGAGAACCCGGAAAAGCUGCUUCCUGUUGAGACGGUUUGCCCGCUUUGCUCGGACGAGCCUCCUCUGACGGACGCCUUCCUGGUCACGGAUGCAGCGAUGGUCGUCGGGAUGGCCGGACUCGGCAGGAAUGUCUCCACCUACAACAAACGGUGCAGCUGCUGCGGCGGGGUUUACCGCUACCAGGAGUGGCGGGACGGCCUUCAUAACUUCAACGAUCGAGUCCUCCUCACUCUGGAGCUGUGUUUUUACCUACGGAUUAAUCUGCAGAGUCACGUAUCCGUGUCCGCAUGCGUGACAUGUCUGGAGAAACUCCACGGGAAGAAGUUUCCUCCAGCAGACACGAUUCUAAGAGCGUAUCUCCACUUUGAAGCCCUGAGCAGCACCGAGUAUGCGUACGCCUGCGUGAACUGUGGACCUUCUCCUCCUGUGGUGGUUCUGGAGCGUCACAGGAAAGCAGUCUGUAACCUGGAAGUGAGUGAGCUGAGAACGCCCUCGGAGGACUAUGACGGACAGCAGAACAUUUCGGAUUUCUGGGACGCUAUAAACCUGGAUAUGAUCAGCAGAGGCUUUUUCCCGAAGUCUUCAACAAACCCGUUUGUGGUUAAGCCGUCCUAUGAGAACUGGGCGCCAUGGAUCGGGAAACAAACCCGGAAAUCCGACAGCGUGUUCAACACGGAAUACAAGAAGAUAACUCAGGAUCAAACGGAGGCAGAUCUGAGCGAAGCCGCAGAAGACCGUCUGUUCGAUAUCCUUCUGCAGCAGCAGACCUGGACCAUCAGAAAACUCUGCAGGACGUGUAACGUGGACACCACAGGAUCCCGGCUGGAUCUGAUCAAGAGGCUGCAGGAGAAGAUGGAGAUCCGGCAGACCCACGACAAGGUUCUGCAGUCGCUCUGGGGAGCUUCUGGUGGAUGGUCUGUAGUCCUGUGUCCACAUGGAGUCGUCUACGCCCUGAAACUCAAUCUCAGGAAUGAAAGUCCCAGAGAUUUCGCAGACCUCCUGCUGUCAUGGAAGCAUUUCCCUAAUAUAUGUUUGUAUGACUUUGCACACGAUCUGGUGACGCACACAAACCUACGAACAGUCGACGACCCCGUCUUUCAGCCUGACGAAGGGAAGCUCGCCGAACCAACGCCGGAGAACCUGCAGGAAGCAGCCAGAGGGAAGCUGCGGGUGUCGCUGCCGUGGCUCGCAGAGAAAUCUAACCUCCCCGACGAAAACGCUCAUCCCGUGACCGGAUCCAACCAGCGGUACGUUCUUUACGACAAAUUCCACGAGGCGGAUCCAGACGAUCCAGAGGAAGUGCUGAGGAGCGUCAACCUCGUCCCAGAAAUCCCAGGUUCUGUGAACGGCCCGGCGGCGGAGCAGCUGUUCUCAGAUAUGAGGAAAAACGACGACUUCCUGAACAUCAUGGCGCCCUCCACACACGUGUUCCUCAUGAGGAACAUCAUCCAACACCGAAACACGGAAAGCAACCGCAAGCUGGUCGCUCGGCAGCUCAAACGUGGUCGCCACGGCGUUUUCCAGCUGAAGAGACUGAAGGUCAAAUAAAUGAAAAUGUGGAAAAAUAAAAACCUUU